CUAGUGACAACUAGCAUAUUCGCACGUCAUACAAAACAGUGUUCAUAAUGUUCAGAUUAAUAAUCCUGACCACCGUUCUAGGCACCAUACAAGGAGUUAAGGACUAUGGAAACUAUACAGCGGUUAUGAUGUAUGCCGGCUUAGUAAUCGAUCCAGUGUGUGUCACAGUUGCUUUUAAUGAAUACGAAAACCAACCCAAGUGUGUGUGUUCAGAUGGAAACGAAAGUAUACUAAUGGAAAUUAAAUUCAUAGAACGUCUAGAUCCUCAUAAACAGAUUGGAGAUUCAAAGGCAGAGUUCGAACCGAUGGUAGUGGUUGAAAAUACUGACAAUGUGGUUAAUCUUAUGAAUGUUACUUGUGGAUGUGCUGGUAGAGUGUUCAAUGGUAGAAGCGUUGUGAGAAACGUUAAUGAUAACUACAUGAUAGCUUAUGUGAGGAAAAAUUCUGGAAGAUUCGAUGUGACAUUCGUAGUUGCCAGAGUUUUGUUGGCUAAAAAUCUGCCCAGUGCUUCAAAACUGCAGCAGGAUAUUUCACGCAUUGCUGAACUUAGAGAUCAAGUUGGAGCAAGAUUGUGUACUAAAGAGAUCCGUGAUGAUUUAAUGAAGAACAACUGACG